AUGGGAUCGAGUGCGAAGAAGAAGAGGGAGAAGAAGAAAGAUUUCCAGAAACAGAAACUCAAGGUGGGCAAGGCCAGGCCCAAGGCCGACAACCACACCGAUACUAGCUUUCGCUCCAAAGCCAUCGUUCUGAACCAGCAACUGGAUGUCAAUGCUCCAUCGCAAACGGCCACCUUCCUUCACCACGUCUCACUGCUCAGUUCCCGCUCCGACUCUCAAAGGCGGGAUUCGCUGGCUUACUUGACGUCUCAUGUCGCAUCAACUCCUAAAGGAAAUGCGCUGCCCAUAACGACGAACGCUCUGCUCGGCAGUCUCUGUCCUCUGAUCCUCGACGGCUCUGCCGGGGUUCGAAACCAACUGCUAAAGCUGCUUCAGACACUUCCAAAUGAAGGCAUCCGCGACCAUGUCACCAAAAUGCUGCCCUACAUGCGUGCCGGCAUGACACAUCUGUCGCGAGAUAUCCGAGCCACAGCGAUAGACUUCUUAUCGUUUCUGAUCAAAGUCGCCGGACCCGAGCUGGUCUCCAGUCCCGGAGGCUGGUACCAGACAUUGGAGUGCUUCACUACCGUUCUCGGCUGGAGAUCCGCCGAUGCGAGCAAGUGGUCGUCCAACAAAGCGUCGUUUGGAGGAGAUGCCAAAUCGACUGCGCGCAUUAUGCAAGUUCUUGCCGAGUUUUUGCAAGCAGGACUUGCGGGCGACGAGGCCGCAGACUCCCGCGUGGGCCCUCUGGCCGCCGAUUAUCCUUUGUGGUUCACCAGCUCACUUUUGACUCCUGUCAAGUCCAAUGCUUACGCCUACUUGAAUCUCUUCGGCCAGCAAACGGAGGACGAAAAUCAAAUCCUUGAUGAUCGAGAGGACAGGUUACGGGUCUUUGUAACCCAUUUCCAGCCGCGUAUCUUGGCCGGCGCCGAUGCUGCGAAGCAGGAAGGCGGUGAAUUAGGACGUGCUUCAGGCCUACUCGCCAGAACCCUUGAUCGCACGCAGAAUGCAGACACCGCUGGAGAUCACAGGCGUCGCAUUUCCCUGCCUGUGUCGAACCGGCCAAGGAACUCCAGCUCAAGCCCAUAG